GCCUUUUCUCUUUUCAGGGUACAUUAGUUUUUUUUUUUUUUACAAACAAAAUAAAAAGAAGAAACAUGAAGGUCACCUGGAGGUUGGAUAGAUGUUAGCUACACAGCCCGUUUAGUUGAAUGGCAUCUUCAGCAGUUAUGUCGAGUAAAGCCCUUGUGCUUAUGCGUUCUUCUUCUUGUAUUGCCCCUCGAAAUUUCAUCUUCCUCAUCCCAAAACUAAAGCCAACUCCCACCCUUUAUCAUAUCAAUACUCUCUCAUUUUUCUGUUCCACUCCUCAAAACCCUAAAGAACACCCUCACCUUACUGCCCAAGAACAACAAUCCCCAUCUAAAAAGGGAAUUUUGAAGCCUGGUUUGUAUCUUGUAGGCACCCCUAUUGGCAAUCUUGAAGAUAUUACUCUUCGUGCUCUGAGGGUCUUAAAAUCAGCAGAUGUAAUACUUUCUGAAGAUACAAGGCAUUCAGGGAAGUUGCUUCAACACUAUGAUAUCAAAACCCCCCUUCUGAGUUAUCACAAAUUUAAUGAGUCUCAAAGGGAACAAGUGGUGUUGAAGAGGUUGCAAGAAGGUGAGAUUGUCGCUUUGAUCAGUGAUGCUGGAACACCUGGCAUUAGUGAUCCUGGAAUGGAUUUGGCCAAGUUAUGUACGGAUAAUAAUAUACUCGUUACACCCAUUCCUGGUCCGUCUGCUUUAGUAGCUGCUGUUUCAGCCUCUGGAUUGCCGACUAAUGAGUUCACAUUUGUUGGAUUUCUUCCUAAGCAUGCGGGAACAAGGAAAGAGAGGUUGUCAGUUUCUGCAAAUGAAGCAACUACCCAGAUAUUUUUUGUUCCUCCACACAAGCUUUGCCAGUUUCUUGAAGAGACUUCUUUAGUAUUUGGAGACUCUAGGAGAUGUGUCAUGGCUAGGGAGCUUACUAAGAUACACGAAGAGUUCUGGCGUGGAACCCUAGGUGAUGCAAAAAUAGUGUUCUCAACUCGCAUGCCAAAGGGGGAGAUAACAUUCUUGAUUGAAGGAAAGGCGGUAUGCAUUGCUGAAACUCCAUCUGAAUCUCAGUUAGAAAAUGAACUUGGAGAAUUGAUAUCCAACGGCCAUAGUCUUUCGGAGGCCGUCAAAGUUGUGGCUGCCGGAACAUCUACAAGACGAAAAACAAUAUAUUCACUUGCACUUAGAAAGUUUGGGAAGCAAGUUGAGGCAGAAGACGAUGUUCUGAGGACUCUCUGAAUCACAUAACCAGACAUGUCACAUCUGGGACUGGGACAACAACUUUACUACUUGAUGAUUGUGCACACCCCUUUGAGCUCUGGACCUUCUGUCCACAAGACCAUGCAGACAUAUUCAACUCUGUGAAAGAGGAGUUAAGCAUUCUCCGUAGGCUGACUGAAAUUGAUUUCAACUUAUAGUUCCUAGUUCCUACAGAGGAAAACUCUGCAUAUUUAGGUAAAAUAUUGUGCGUAAUAUAAGGGUUGAUGUAUCUUCUGUUUCUAGAUCAAAAUGCAGCCCUGUAAUUAUGAAAAUAGUCAUUAGUCGAAUCUUUGAAACCUUGUGCUGAAAGUGGAUUGUAGUUGAUUUUUUUAUUUUUUUUUGGGUAAUAGAGUUUUAUCCUUUCUCUAA